AUAAUUAGAUUGCGCAUGCUUAUCCAGACGUGGCAGCAAUAUUAUGGCUCCUUUCAGGCAUCACGGUUGGGACGGGAGGUGGAAUGUAAAAAUGCUGUUCUUCAUAGUAUUGGCACUGUUGUCAACAUGCCACUUUACCUUGAAAGUAUCUCCACUUAUUGAAAAGAUUAGUGACCAGAAAGACUUCAAGAAGCUGCUCCGAACUCGAACCAAUGUUUUGGCUUUGUAUUCAAAAUCAGCUGCUGUAGCUGAAAGUCAACUCAAAUUGCUGUCUGAUGUGGCUGACGCUGUGAAAGGUGUAGGUACAAUUGCAUGGGUGGAUUGUGGUGACUCAGAAGGUCGAAAACUAUGUAAGAAAAUGAAGGCUGAUCCAAGCUCUAAGAAGAGUGGAAUGGAAUUACUGCAUUACAAAGAUGGCACCUUUCAUACUCACUACGACAGGCCUGAAACAUUUAAGUCUAUGGUAACAUUUCUUAAGGAUCCACAAGGGCCACCACUGUGGGAAGAGAAUCCGGAGGCCAAAGAUGUUGUUCACAUCGACAGUGAAAAGGCCUUUCGAAAGCUGCUAAAAAAGGAAGAAAGACCUAUUUUAAUGAUGUUCUACGCACCAUGGUGUGGCGUGUGUAAAAGAAUGAUGCCAGCUUUCCAGGAGGCUGCAACAGACCUAAAGGGUAACUAUGUGCUUGCAGGCAUGAAUGUUCACCCUGCUGAAUUUGAUGGCAUUAAACAAGAGUAUAAUAUCAAAGGCUAUCCAACUUUCUGUUACUUUGAAAAAGGGAAGUUUUUGUACAACUUUGAAAACUAUGGGGCUACAGCAGGUGACAUUGCAGAAUGGAUGGAGAAUCCUCAGCCUCCACAGCUAAAGACUCCCGAGGUCUUGUGGUCCGAUCAAGAGUCUGCAGUCUUCCAUUUGACAGACGACGAUUUUGACAGUUUCUUAAAAGACCACCAUUCUGUGCUUGUGAUGUUUUAUGCCCCAUGGUGUGGUCACUGUAAGACAAUGAAGCCAGAGUAUGAAGAGGCUGCAGAAACAUUAAACAGGGAUGCUGACAGUCCAGGAGUACUUGCAGCAGUAGAUGCCACAGUCCACAAACUGGUAGCAGAGCGGUACCACAUCUCUGGGUUUCCUACAGUGAAAUACUUUGACAACAGUGAGGAAAAGUAUACUCUGCCACAGCUUCGGACCAAAGAAAAGAUCAUUGAAUGGCUUCACAAUCCACAAGCUCCCCCUCCCCCUGAGCAGUCUUGGGAGGAGAAGCAGACAAGUGUUGUCCACCUCAUGGCAGAAGAUUUCAGAGAGUCACUGAAGAAAAGGAAGCAUGCUCUAGUCAUGUUUUAUGCACCCUGGUGCCCUCAUUGUAAGAAUGCAGUACCACAUUUCACAGCUGCAGCUGACUACUUUAAGGAAGAUCGCAAGAUUGCCUAUGCUGCUAUGGAUUGCACCAAAGGACAAAACCAUGAGCUGUGUAAACAGGAAGGAGUAGAGGGCUACCCUACUUUCAAUUACUACAACUAUGGGAAGUUUACUGAGAAGUACGAGGGAGAAAGAGUGGAGACUGGCUUUACUGGUUUUAUGAAGUCGCUCAGAGGCAGAGACUAUGAAAAAGUAGGAAAAAAGAAAGAAGAGUUGUAAAGCCAUCUGCCUGAAAGGAGUUUGACACUGCACUGUGAAUGAACCUGGAUUCAGCAGUACUGUACAUGCAGUUUGCCAUCACUUAAGGACAUAUUUUUUAUGCCAAUUACAGUCAGAUUGUACAGUUUGUAAAAACAUCCGAGCAUAGUGACUGUUUUUUUUUUUUUCUUUCGUCAGCAGCAAUCCAUUACAUAUUAUCCGGUCUCUGUAUCUCUCUCUCUGUCUCCUGAUGUGACCCCAGACAUGUAGUCCAUUGACAUAAUUUUUUUCCUAUGCAAUGCUUUUACACUACAGUGAACUGAAAAUGAGGGCAUUGUAAUAUUUUAUGCACUUUUGCAUAAGUAUACAUAGCAUAUUACUGCAUCUGGCUGCAUUCACAUAGCAUAUCCAUGAAACCAUUAAAAGCAGUCAGAAGUUUUGCAGAUUAACUAUUUUUGUACAGAUGUACUUUUUAUAAAAUGUAUAGGACCAAUAUUAGGUUAUAUUCUGUUCUUUAACCCAAAAGGUAUAGUAAUGUAUAUGUGAUGGUGAUUCUAGCCAUCACAGAUUGUGAAUGCAUUUUUAUUUGAAAGGAGGUUUGUCACAAAUGAAGGGGUCACAUUUACAGCAUGCUGUAAGCAAGAUAAAAAUAAUUUUUUUAUCAAAAAUUACCAUUAGUAUUUUCCUCAGUAUUUUUAUUUGUAUUCUGGAGAGCUUUCUUACUAAAACUCAUCUGAUCUUAACCUCCAUAACAAUGUUUUACGCAUCAUGAGAGUCAUAGUACCAGUACAUGAUAGCAUUGUUAGGAGGAGGUGAAUUACUAGGAAGAAAGCAAGGUGUAGAUUAAGAGGAAAUAUCUGAAAGGUAAUUGUUUAAGGAAGCUGAUUUUACUAUAUUUACCCUCUCUUUGAAAGAAAGGUCAGAUUCAGGGCAGUUAUAGUUAUCUGAUAAUCCCAUUAUUAUUUUUACACAAUGUUUGCAUAUUUUUUGUAAAAAAAAUAAAUAAAUAAGUAAACAAAAAAAUGUUUGGUGGAAUCAGAAUAUUAUGGGUUUUUCUGAUUUUAAUUAUGGUGCUCAGGGAAGGUAAAUGAUACUAAGAACUAUAACAGAUUAGCAAAGCAUGAUGAUUCCAAAUUAAGUUAAUUUCAAUCCAGGGUAUCAAAUCUGUUUACAUGUAGAAAGAAAACAUAGAUGCGUUAAAAUGGAAUUUUUUACACCUCAGUUCCCAUUGGGUGCAGCCUUUAGUAAUGUGAAGACUUACUGAAAUGUUUGUUGUGGUCAUUUGAUUGCCAAGAAGAUUUACAGAAAUGUUUUCAUACAUUUUUUUUUCUGAAAGGCCAUAUGAAAUGUAGUCAUGUAUUACAUUGCUGUUGCUGUUGUGAUCUUUUCAGAAUGCAAACAUUGUCCUGGGAUAUGUUACUGAUUCUUGUUUGCAGUUUUAUUUUUUGUUUCAUGUUUUUUGAAAUAGCUUGAAAUCAUAAAAUUGUACAGCAUUAUUACAGACAUUUGAAUGUAUGUGAGGUACUCGUUAUAAUCUUUCACAUUACAUUGAUAAACUGUGUUAAAUUGAACUCUCUAGGAAUAGCUCUGGCUUUUAAAUUUUUGUGCCAUAAAUUUCACCAAAGUAUUUUGAUUUGAACCAUUUGUGAAGCAGAUGUUGAUUUUAAUCAGCAGUAGGUAAGGUGUACUAAUUUAAUUAAAAUGUAUUUUUGUCUUAGUGAGUGGUGCCAGGGGUAACCUAGACAGUUUAAUUUGUUUCAAGUGUACUUUUUCAUCAGGUCACGUCUGCAGACUUCUGCAAAGUAUAUAAAGUCGUUUAAGUGGCCUUCUGACAUCAUCAUUUGCACAGAUUUGUUUUUAUUGAUAUUAUGUGACUCCCCUCUCCCUGUUAUUAAAUGCAUUGAUUUUUGGCUUUGAAAAAGUUU